GGUGACAUUAGGGUUGAAGGGUUUCCCGCCGGAGACAUGAGGUGGGACACCCGGAAGGCGGAAGUCCUAGGGCGGAAGUGGGCCAGAGGAACGGAGAAUGGCGGCGGAAGACUGGAUUUGGCGCUGGGGCUGGGGCCGGCGGUGCCCGGGGAGGCCUGGGCUUCCCGGCCCCGGCCCUGGCCCCACUACACCUCUACUUCUCCUCCUGUUGCUGGGGCCCGUUGUUGCGGAUAUAACUGACGGCAACAGUGAACACCUCAAGCGGGAGCAUUCGCUUAUCAAGCCCUACCAAGGGGUCGGUUCCAGCUCCAUGCCCCUCUGGGACUUCCAAGGCAGCACUAUACUCACGAGCCAGUACGUGCGUUUGACUCCGGAUGAGCGAAGCAAAGAGGGCUCUAUCUGGAACCACCAGCCCUGCUUCCUCAAGGACUGGGAGAUGCAUGUCCACUUUAAAGUCCAUGGUGCUGGGAAGAAGAAUCUCCAUGGAGAUGGCAUUGCCUUGUGGUACACCCGGGACCGCCUUGUGCCAGGGCCUGUGUUUGGGAGCAAAGACAACUUCCAUGGCUUAGCCAUCUUCUUGGACACAUAUCCCAACGAUGAGACCACAGAGCGUGUGUUCCCGUACAUCUCGGUGAUGGUGAACAAUGGCUCCCUGUCCUACGACCAUAGCAAAGAUGGCCGCUGGACCGAGCUGGCGGGCUGCACGGCCGACUUCCGGAACCGCGAUCAUGAUACCUUCCUCGCUGUGCGCUACUCCCGGGGCCGUCUGACGGUGAUGACUGACCUAGAGGACAAGAAUGAGUGGAAAAACUGCAUCGAUAUCACGGGAGUGCGCCUGCCCACAGGCUACUACUUCGGAGCCUCAGCUGGCACGGGAGACCUAUCUGACAAUCAUGACAUCAUCUCCAUGAAGCUGUUCCAGCUGAUGGUAGAACACACUCCUGAUGAAGAGAACAUCGACUGGACCAAGAUUGAGCCCAGCGUUAAUUUCCUCAAGUCACCCAAAGAUAAUGUGGAUGACCCGACCGGCAACUUCCGCAGCGGACCGCUGACGGGGUGGCGGGUGUUCCUGCUGCUGCUCUGUGCGCUCCUUGGGAUCAUCGUGUGCGCCGUGGUUGGGGCCGUAGUGUUUCAGAAGCGGCAGGAGCGGAACAAGCGUUUCUACUGAGUGGCUGGUGCUCUGCUCCGGGGAAGGGCCUAAUUUUGGGCCCCAGCACUAAUGUGAACUUUUUUUUUUUACUGGGAUUGUAAAAGAAAAAUAAGACAACCUUAUUUCUUAACUGUUUCAAAGAAAUGAUUAAAAGUAUUUUCGUACAUUUUGCUUCUUGCCCAGCAAGGACAGGCUGCAGGGCUAGGGAAUAGGGUUUGGCACCCCCACAGCUGGGGACAGAGGUCCUCGCCCCUCGCCAGUAUCUCAGGAGCAGGAAGGAAGCUGUGUCUGGGGCUGGGCCCUGGCAGGCUCUUGAACACUGGAGGGCCCCUCAACCACAUUAGGGUGGGAGCCUGAAGACGUGAGCAGUGAUUUUGUUCUCUGCAGGGUGUGUCGGUGGAAGAGGAGACUGACUGGGGAACCUGGGCCUUCCCAGUUGCCCUCUGAGCUGCUUCCUAAGGCAGACCCUUGAGUGAGGCUGGAGGAGCAAUCUGGUAGGGCUCAGAGGGUGACCAUUUGCUAAAUAAAGUGAAACAACCAACUUCA